AUGAAGGUUAAAAAUUCACCGAGAAUUCAUCUAAAAUUGCUUAAUGUAUUACUGACGAAACGACCUUUGAAUCUCAACGACAUAGUUGAUGCAUUACACAAUAUAGAUUCUGAUGACGAUCUGCCCAGUGAAAUUACCAUUUUUCCACCGGAAGAUCCAAAUAACGAAAUAACAGACGAAGAUUCUGGUAAUGAAGAAUUUGUGACAUUACAUAAUCUCCCAGGUUCUCUGCUAAGAGCUCCAGCAGAGAUUACUUAUGAUGAUACGUUUUCAGACAGUGACGAUUCUGAAAAUGAUUUAUCUUUGCCUGUGUUAACAAAAAGAAUACGAAAUGCCAAUGAAUGCUUGCCAGAAGAUAUGGAUCAACAGAUAUCUUCUACUUCUUGCUCCACUCCAUCUAUAAGCUGUUCAUCGAGGAACGUCACUCUUAGUGCAAGCAAAACCCAAUAG